AUGGCACUGACCCACGAUGUCAACGGUUUCGACCCAUCAUCGCCUCAUUCGUCAUGUGGCGGAGCGGAAUCGUUCAAAGGCACGCCUGAUACAAGGCUCACAUCAUUCUCACCAGACGAAAAACCGGCUAAGACAUCAUGUAUCACUGAACUAACCGGGAAACCUUGGGCUGGCACGAAACCAAGCCAGUUUCCCGUCGGCAUUGUGGGCAAGACGCCAUCUAUCGGCGACAAAGACCCUUUUGUGACGGUGUACUCCAGAGCCCGUACUACCUCACUGCUGUCUCCUACUGCCUCUGCCUUCCACCCAUUCUCAGCUCAGUCGGAGCUUUCAGAGGGUCUUACCAAUUCAAUGUCUACCUCUAGGGGAUCGAACGCAUCAAACUUGGCGUCUCACGAAAGCAGUAUUCCGCAAUUUGUUCAGAUCAUGUCUCCCGGCCAUGCCCUGCGUCUUGGAGACAUCAUCAGUUAUCUCGAGGUGAGCACGAGUAGUGCCACUGUUGUCCACGACAACAUCCAUCGUGCUCGGUUGGUCUGUGAAGCCUUACGCAUUGCUGGUGAUCAGUGGCUCAGGCACACUGCUGUAACUUCACCAACCUUGCAGGUUUCGAUAUUGGCAUUCUCGCCCGUGCCAGGUGCACUCGAUGUUGUUCAUACCCAAGGCAUCAUUUUACAGCUGCUUCAAUCUCGAGGCGAGGUUGUUGGGUACCAGUCGCCUCAGCGGAGCUCUGGGCUCAUAGUCUACGCAGCGUUUGCAGAGUACGCCAGUCCAGCCGAUGCCUAUUCCGCUGUGGCAGCGUACAACGGCUGUUUGUUUGAGGACAUCAUAGUCCACUUGUCUAUUCUCCAGGGACAUGAUACCCCCCCUUCAAGCGCGAUGCACGACAGCACAUCAGUUCUCUCUCCAGUUGUUGAAAGAAAUCUUGAUCAGUCUAUGCAGGAAUUGACUCUGGGCAAACAUACACCUGCGUCACAGUUGGUGCCGUCUCCAACGGUGCCUCCGAUCGGUCCAAGCCAGCAAUAUCCCCCAACCAGACUGCAAGUCCAGCAACCAUACACCAUGUGGCCAAUAAUCUGUCACGCUCCGUUCCAGUCCAAUAUGGCGGCUUAUCGUCUGGAUAAUGGUCACCAGAACGCGAUCCCGUCAUCACCAGCAUCCGUCAAUUACCAGUUCAUGGCAACGCUGGCAACAGGAACUAGCAAUGCUCAGGUAGUCCCCAUUCCGGAUGAUUUUUGUCAGCCACGCACGAUGCCAGCUUACCCCAGGCCUGAUAUCCGCCGUCAACAUGCAUCCCGAGUCAACCGGAUGUCUCUUUAUGGUGUGGCCAGUCACCACAACCACGUGGACGUUGGCAGAAUCCGCGAGGGUACAGAUGUCCGAACCACCAUAAUGCUCCGCAACAUACCGAACAAGGUUGACCAGGCAAUGCUGAAACGUAUCGUGGACGAUUCCAGUUGGGGCAAGUACGACUUCAUGUACCUCCGGAUUGACUUUGCCAACGACUGCAACGUGGGCUAUGCAUUCAUCAAUUUUGUUGACUUUGUCAACGCGCGCGGCAACCAGCGGUGGAACUGUUUCAAAAGUGACAAAGUAGCCGAAAUCUCAUACGCCACCAUCCAAGGCAAGGACUGCCUAGUGCAGAAAUUCCGCAAUAGCUCCGUGAUGUUGGAAGCAGCGCAUUACCGGCCCAAGCUAUUCUACACCUCCAAUGGUCCUGUUCCGGAACUUGCGGGCCAAGAAGAGCCUUUUCCCCAGCCUGACAACCAGUCAAAGAUGAAGCGAAGCUGCGAAAACGCAGAACACGUCGGUCUCUUCACUCCCAAUGCUGGCCAACACUUCCGUGAUGAGCAGCGCCGAAGACGCUCACAAUACGACCGCGGCACAAGACUUGCAGCACUGGAGGAGCAUGAAUUCGAGACAGCCAACGAAUCAUACAUGCAUUACUCCCGCUGAAAGCGACGCACUAAGGCUGGUAGUGAUGCAUGGCUCAAAACCGAUGGAGUAUAGUCCGGUUAGAUGAUUGAAUGUUGGAGGUUCCUGUGUCUCUUUGUUCCUCUCUUUUACUUGCACACAUAACAUUGCGUCUGAUGUGUGGGAUUAUUUUAGGGUUGCUUGUUAUGUAGAGAGCCCAGCAAAGUUUGAGUGGGUCUCAUGUCUAAUAUUCAUACGUAGCUGAUGAAGAGCCAUUUC